AUGGGGCAUUUGGGAGCUCUACCACUGCACCCUUUUCAUGCGGCUGGGCCCCUAGUCUACGCCAGUAGCCUCAAUCACUACUGUGUGCCGAUAAAGCACGUUCCGUCUGAGCGAUGUCUUCUUACAUCUUUCGAUGAGCAUAGGGGCCAUACGAGUAAAAGGAGCAAGUUGGAUAGCUCCACAUCUGCGCUUUGUUGUAAUUGCAACCGUAGAGUUGCCUAUACGGGCGUAGUUACCUGCCCACUCUGCAAGGCAGUAGUAUAUUGUUCUGAGGAUUGUCGACAGCAGGAUCUAAAAGGUGGGUUUAAUCCACAACAUUCACACAAAUUAUGGUGUACGUUUAUGAAGGCAUUCGUGGAAUACAAUGUUGUCCUUGCGGACUUCCCCUUUCAGUAUACCAAUCGAACGACAUCUUUAUUCUUUUCACGGUCAGAAUUAUACAGUCUUUUACAAAACUAUGGGGUUUUUACGAUGGGAUUAUGGAAGUACCUGUUUAACACACUUGGACAUGGUCCAGGGGAUGGUUUAAAGGAAUGGGUCGGUUUGAUAUACGACUCCUGUUCACUCGAACAACUUGAACCAGACGAGUUGUUCCAGAAUAUUCUGGACGAGGAAAAUGCUCUUCUAAGAGCUUACGCAAAUCCAAGUGAUGUAGUUAGUCUUGCACUUCAUCCACGGGUCGCAUCCGCCCCCUCUACCUCAAUCCGACUUGUUUCAAUCAAUUUGUCCGGAUGGAUGGAAUUUUAUGCAUGGAUGAAUCUUCCGUUUUCAUCGCUCCUUGCUCUUCUUUUUCACUGGCCGCUUACAAUUUAUCAUAUCCUUAAUAACUUUCUUCCAACCAAGGGUGAUCAGGCGAUUCUGCAGAUAUUGAAGAGAAAAUUGCUGAGCAUCCAUCUGAUUGGUGUGGAGACAGAAGUGGACUUGCUCCCCGUGUUCAAGGAGUUGGAUUACCUGAUAUCCCAUGCUGUUGACGAGAUAGUUAUUACCAUGGUCGGUUUAAAUAUUUCUCCCUACGUAAACGGCAAAAAGUGGCUUUUAUCGCGUCGCAUGUCUGCCACUGUUUGGCGCGGGACCUACCAUCAGUUUGUUGAAGAGGCAGAGCUCUCUGGAGCAUUUAGUCCGCCGGAUUUAGUUAUAGGUUUCAAUGUAGGCUUUGUUGCCUAUCCCACAUGGAAAAAGACUCUGGAAAUCCUCAAGGUUUUGAACGUGCCUGCCUACUUCACGGAUUCGUGUCCGUACUCAUGCAUGUGGAACCUGGAGAUCCUGCGCUCCGUGGAGCUAUGGCCUGGGGUUGACACCUCUGACCUACAUUCAGCUCUGGCCCCCCUCGCUGUCAAUCCCUUUCGGAGUCCCAUUUUAAUUCGAGCAGAAGGCACCCUCUGGUCUCGGUUCAGCAAUGCAUUCAUCUUUUCAGCUCAGGCUACCCCAACUACUGAGGCUGGGUUGGAAACUCUGCCAUCUUCUGUAAAACUGUGA